GUGUACGGGUGAGUGCGUCUUUGAGUGAGCUUGUCCCCAUGCCUUGACAUGGUCACGGUCGAUGCCUGGGGCCAUGGUCUCAGUACUGUGGGCGGCAGGCAAGGAGAGGACAGGGGCACUGAUGGACGAGAGACACAUGAACAGGAGAGAGGAAGUGGGAUGGAGCUCAGGAUGGCUACACGAUCCUGCUGCAGGUGGUGCAGUGUGGCCCAGGCGACGGCAGUGUGGGCAGUUUGCCAGGAGGAGGCACCUUUGUUCCCCCCUCUCUGCCUGGGUGAGGUGUGGCGGAGGUCCCUGCUGGCUGGGGCCCUGUGGCUCAGCCUGGCACUGUGCUUCCUUUCUCUGAAGGCCUUGCUUCACUACAGGCAGCAGCAGCAGGAGCACUUCCUGGAGAGUGACGUGGCUGUGAGGGAGAGAUCAGCAGGUCUGCAGGCCUGUGUGGGCAGUGAAAGGCAUAUGGGCGGCCCAGUGCCUGUGGCCCAUGCGCUGAUGGACAGCCUGCUGGUCUGUCUGCUCUCCGAGGCCCUGGAGAACCCUAGUCCACCCCACAUACAGGCCCUCGCUCACAGGCUUGAGAUGGCGACGGAGAUGCUCCAGAGGGCUGAUAUCCUGCAAGGUGGACCACAGAGUGGUGGAGAUCUUGGAGCCAGAGGUGACGUGGAGGACCCUGUGCUGACAGACAGACUGAAGGGAAUCUGUGACUAUCUGAGUCAGAGACUUCAGUCGCUGCACGCUCUGCUCCGGGCCCAGGGGGAAUACAGAGACAGCGUGCAUGCUGUAUUGGAGGGCUUGCAGCACCGAUGGGCCCAGCUGGUGGUGUUGCACGUCCGAGUCACCAUGGAGAAGGGGAGGGUGGGAGAGGAGGAUAUUCUGACGGUGCUGGAGGAGGUGAAGUGCUUGUCCAUGGAGCUGGGUGAAUGCAGGACCAGGCUGCAGCAAUGCCAGGCACUCUUGAAUGACAGCACACACCUACUGCAGGAGCUGGGGUGCAGUCAGCGGGGACUGGGGAACUGUGGAGGCACCAGGGGAGAGACACUCUGGACAGAACGCCUGCUUCAGUCCAACACUGCACAGUUUGAAGAGGUCCAGCACAAUCUCUUGUCCUUGGAGAAUCUGACGUCUUGUUUCCAAACCCACCUUGAGGGGCUCAGAAUGAAUGAGGAGAUGGAGCGGACAUCCCAGUCACACCUGGAUCUUUCAUCCUCUAUGUGCAACUCCACCCCUUGUGUCCAUCCCUCUGACACCCCGCCCCUACACUCCUGUCCACCCCCAGAGACCCAGGAUCAACUGCCCACUGCUGUCUCCCCCACUCUGUGUGAGAGGUCAGCUCAGCGCCUCUCUUCCACUCUUAUAUGUCUGCGCAGCUCUCUGAGGAGGAUGUGAACUCUGACCCCAUCUUCCCAAAACCUAAUCCCACUACAUGACAAUUAGGUCACACUAUCCCCCUGGAGGAGGAAUAGCUGA